AUGGGCCUCACCAAGGCCGACAACUCGCCUGGCCUUUCAUUCGAAUUCAACAACCCCCGUCAACACUAUUCGCCUGGCGACGUGAUCAGCGGCCGAGUGAUUCUCAAUACUGCCGCCGACAGUGCUAUUGGCAGGCUAGUGGUUUCGUUCUGGGGCCGGUCAAAGUCGCGUAUCAUCCAACAGCACGGCCAGACUGUCACUUACCACAGGGGUCGGACCCAGUUCUUCAAAAAGGAGCUGCUCCUGUACGAGGGCCAAUACACCCACAAGCCCGGAUCAUUCAGCUGGCCGUUUGAAUUCGUGGUGCCCGAACAGGCCGACGCAGAGAGCAUUUUGAGUGGAGAGAGAUGGAAGCCCAAGGAGCAUUAUCGUGCGACCACGGAUGAAGUCAACCUCGACCUGACUCUUCCUCCCUCGUGCUACCACAGGAGACACAUGUUCGGUCGGCAGGCGGAAUGUUUCAUAGAGUACGUGCUCGACGCAACUCUGACCGAGCCAGAAGGCCUACAUCAUAUCCGCGGACCCCAGAGCAAGGUGUCCAGCUAUCCGAUUGUUUUUCACCCCUUGUCCACUCCCGAACCCAUCGAGAACUACAACCUCACCACCGAUCAACGCCCCUUCACCAUCUCGACGCUGAAGCUUUUGCCCGAACAUGCCGGUACCAGUCUCGGGUUCAGGGAUCGCGCCCGGUCCAUCUUUCAACGCGACUCUAUCCCCAGAUUCUCCUUCAGCUUAGCUGUCCAAGCACCCAGCAUCAUCCAACUCUUCCAUCCGAAUCCCAUACCGUUCCUUAUCACUGCGACACCAGACCUGUCGCCCCAGAGCACGACCAUUGACACGUCAACGUCUUUCCCUACGGUGACUCUCCGGUCCGCCAAAAUCGAGCUGAAGACGCACGUUCGGUGCCGUGCGGCAGGCACAUUUGCCGAUAGCAAGACAUAUGAGAUUCCUAUAUUGCCGUCCAAGACCCUCAGCUACCCACUGACCAUGGCGCAUGGCACGACGACGGCCUCGCAAGCGACACUGGACCUUGGCAAAUUGUGCGAUCUGCGUCUAGGAAACGCCAAACUGGGUUCUCGUCUCGAGACGCCCAUGUGCCCAAGCUUCGCGACCUACAAUGUCUCAAGGUCUUACCAACUCUUGUGGGAGCUGGAGAUCGAAUGCGCCGAAAAGACUGAAAAGUUCUCCUCUGUGAAGAAUGGUCCGGAAAUCUCCAUCAUUCUGCCUCCCGCGACGGUGCGCGUAGAGAGUGAGUUGGACAGCAAUUUGCUCCUGGACGGGGAUCUGAUGCAGGCCCUGUCAACGGAAAGCACGGGAUCUGCAUCCAGUUCAACGGCAUUUUGGGCUCGUCGGAGCCAUGAAAGCCGCGGUGGCGGCGGAGGGGAGAAGGAGAAAGCAAGAUUUGGGCCGCCGAGUCCCGCGAACAUUGGGGCCGGGUUCAGGCCUCAGGGUACGGGUGGCAGCAAGGAAGCGAGUAAAUCCAAGGCUCAAGAGGCAGCUGAGGAUCGAGCUCGGGCACGACUUGCGGCGGUUCAAGCUACAUAUCAAGGCCGCCCUCAAGACUCACCUGCCGGAAGAGAAGGAAGAAGAGGUGACAACGAUGACGACUUAUCGACGACAGACACGAAUCUACCAGGAAUUACCGGGCCAGAAACAACAACUGUGACGGUGCUGGACACAGACGCGGACCAACAAUUACCACGAUAUGUGCCAUGA